CCCACACUCAGCAGAGGCGACUCCAUAGACCAGACUUGACAACUCAUUGCAAGAGGCCUGGUUCUAUUACAGAUUCAACAAGAUGAAGACUGCUCCUACAAAUCACUCAGAGUUCCAGCGAGACAUCUAUGGCGCAUUUGCACCGCCAUUGCAGCCAACCUGCCCCAAUGCACUUGAGCAACACGCCCACAAGGUCCUCAAGGAACCAGCAUGGCACUACAUCAAUGGGUCGGCUGCCCUGGGCCUUACUGCCAAGGCCAAUAGAGAGGCAUUUGAUCGUUACCCUCUUGUUCCCCGUAUGCUGAGAGACGUCACUACGCGAUCAACGCGCGUAACGCUAUUUGGCAAGACGUACGAUUCGCCCAUUCUCGCAGCACCUGUCGGCGUACAGCAGAUUGCACAUGCUGAUGGAGAGAUUGCAAGUGCGCGUGGUGCAGCUGCACAAAAUGUCCCCUUCAUCUGCUCAACGGCUUCCACACGAACAUUGGAGGAAGUGGCUGAUGCGUGCGGCACGAAUGAGCACUGGUACCAGCUUUACUGGCCCAAAUCCGAUGAAGUCUGCAUUUCUCUUCUCGAGCGAGCUCAAAAAGCUGGCUAUACAACACUUGUUGUGACGCUCGAUACGUUUGUGCUUGGUUGGCGAUCUCGCGACUUGGACACAGCCUACCUCCCCUUCUUGUAUGGUCUUGGCACACAGAUUGGCCUCACUGACCCUGUCUUCAAUGCCAAAUUUGAGCAAGAACCAGCACCGGGUUUUGCAGACUUGAAGCUGUUGCUGAGUAAAGCUCGUGGACCUCUGCACCUCGCCAAGUUAUUGUACUAUGCCAAGACGAUUCGCAAGGCGCGAGCAUGGCUUGGAGAGAUGAAUUCAGAGACCUUCAAGUCGUGGGAGCAGCUCAAGUUGAUUCGCGCGCACUGGCCGAGCAAGAUUCUGCUCAAAGGCGUGCAGCAUGUUGAAGACGCUGCGCUCGCCAUCGAGUAUGGCAUGGAUGGCUUGUGUGUCUCCAACCACGGUGGUAGACAAGUCUCUGGUGCGAUCGCAUCGCUUGAUGCGCUCAACAACAUAUGUCAAGAUAAACGCGUGCAGGAAGCUGUCAAGCAAGGCUUCACGCUGCUCUUUGACUCGGGCAUCCGCACUGGCUCGGAUAUCUUGAAGGCACUGGCGAUUGGUGCCCACGGCGUGCUCGUUGGACGACCGUACAUCUAUGGCUUGAGCCUGAAUGGCCAAGCAGGCGUGGAGCACGUCUUUCAGUGUCUCAAGGCUGACCUGGAAAUCAGCAUGGUUUCUGCUGGUGUCAAGGAGCUCACGCGUGAGGAGCUUGACAAGGUCGUAGGCUGGUCAAAGCCUCAGCAAGCUGCACAUCUUUAGUGGAUUGGUAGGAGUGAAUCUGCCGGAGUCUUUCAUCUGAAGUCAAAGACAUUGUGCCUAUCUUCCUGCUUCAUGAGUCUGGUCGCAACUCUCGCUACUCUCAAGUCUGGCACAGCAGCGAGCUUGUCUCGUCGUUGUAAUGCCUGCCGCUUCGCCUCGGCACCUUGCUCGCACUUCACCAUAGAGACUCUUGUGUAUGCGCAGGGCAACAAAGCUUCCUGUCACCUAUUGACGUUCCUUGACUUGAUCUUCUGAACACAUAGCUAUGCGUGUCGACGGGAAGGUGCCCGUAUGCCCUUGAGAGCGAUUGUUU